AUGGCGGAAUUUCAGGACAGAGUAUUCACUAAUCUCUACAAUCCUGCAACGUCAAUUAAGGAUCCAUCUGAGCGGACACAACUUAUUCAAGAUCUUGCAUCUGAUAUGGAACAAUGGCAUUCUCAACUUAAGAAGAUCGAUCCGGAAGGGGUCAACAACCUCCAAGUCUUCAACAUGUCCAGAACAAACUGGGAUAUAUCCUUCUACUCCACCCUGACGUUGCUUCUCCAUGCAUCCUCAACGACAGGAGAGGAACUACAAAUAAGCUCUUGUUGCUUCAACGCCGCCUGUAAUAGCUUGUUGGCCCAUCUCAACUCAUUCCCUCAAUACCAAAGCUCAAAGCUUCUUUCAGACGGUGAAUACUUCAAUUGGAUUCUAUUAUUCUCAUCCUUAACCCCUUUCCUUGUGGUAUUCCUCCACGCCAUUUCUGCAAAAGACACUCAGAGCAUCGAACUCCUUACACAAGUAGUUCGUAGCUUCGAGACGUUCCGAAAAGUCUCCCAAGGCGCGGAACAUCUAUAUCAGAUAUGCGCUACUUUUACCAACAUUGCCGAGAAACUUCUUCAAUCACAGCAACUGUCAGUAGGGAUAAACAAUGAACAAGAGGACUCUCUUAGACUGCCAGAUACACCUGGUGACCCAUCGAUGUUCAUCGCGGAAGAUUUGCAGAAUGUGCUUGACAUGGAUAAUGGGGAUGGAGCCACCUCGUUGUAUGCUACUGACCUUUUAAAUGAGUUUCUAAGUGGUGAGCCGUUUUUGUGGAACAGGUUCGAUUUUGAAGUCGGGAAUGGUCCGUGA